AUGAGUCAUUUGCUGUGGAAAUACUUCUGGGAGAAUGAUGUCGACAAGUUUCGGCGUCUGCUGGCUUCGGCCGGCCCCAAUUCCCAGGCGACGGCAAGGAGUCCAGCCGUAGGCGUUGGAACAUAUCUUGGAGCGAGCCCCGGUAGCAUCGGGACUUCGCCAAGGACUACGACCAAACCGCGCAAGGCGUCAGGAUAUGCCCCUGGCCUUGGCAAAGGAAGAGACGGCAGCUCUGGUCUGAGCAAGGCGGAAGUGAAUAGUCGAGACCAUGCCGGACUGACGCUGUUGCUGCGCGCAUCUUCCUCUACCGAUCCAAACGCAUUGGCCUUCGUCCAGGCUCUACUCGACCACCCUCAUAUCGACUUGUACGCUCAGGACCCUGAAAGUGGCUGGAAUGCCCUGCAUAGGUCACUGUACGCCGGAAAUGCAUCUAUAGCCAGAGCACUACUGGCCAAAGAGUGUGGGGAUUUGAUCAACCACGCUCUCGGUGCUGUCAACAAGGUUGGACAGCUCAUCAAGACCAAGGAUCACGAAGGAAACAGUCCAUUUGACCUCUAUAAUUCGACAAUUGCUGCGAGAUCACUACGCCACACGAUGGCCCAGUCUCUAGCCGACGAUGAUUCGGACAUUGGCGACGGUGACUUUGAUCAGGUUGCUGCAAAAUUUACGCACGCCAAUAAGAAUUAUGCCGAGGGAGAUGAGCUUUUCAUGUUUGGCAGCAACAAGAAUCUUUCGCUUGGAGUUGGGGACGAGGAUGAUCGGCAGUAUCCUGAGCGGAUAAUGCUUCAACGGUCAGACCAAUCCAUCCGCCGGUUCUACGAGGAUUAUCUUACAAAGAAGCAUGUGGAUGCACUCCUCGAUGUUACGACAGAUCUGGAUACUAUCCCUGCUCUGGUUCAAAAUCGGCCUCUAGUAAUCCAGGACGUGGUCAUGUCAAAGCUGCAUAGCGCCAUUCUUACGGACGACCCGAUAUCCAACCUCUAUGUCUGUGGAGUUGGCCGCGGUGGAAGACUGGGUCUUGGGGAUGAGAACACACAAUUCAAAUUCACUCCUCUAUAUGGGCCUUUUGCGGAUAAGAAGGUCUGCCAGGUUGCACUUGGGCAGAACCACUCAAUGGCAGUCGUUGGUAACGGUGAAUUGUGGACCUGGGGCCUCAAUUCAGAUUCGCAACUUGGCUACGUGUUGCCCCCUCCUCUGAGGACAGAUGAAGAACCGAUGAGCCUCGUCCCGCGGCAGGUUUUUGGCCCUCUGAAGAAAGAGAUUGUCCUUGGUAUCGCCGCCUCAUCCAUACACUCAGUAGCACACACUGGAUCGUCACUGUACUGCUGGGGUCGCAAUGCGGGCCAGCUUGCCCUUAUGGAUUCUGAUUCUAGGUCACUGGAUCUACAGCAGACACCCAGGAAAGUUGCAGCAUCUCUUCUCUCGGCCCCGAUCGAGAUGGUUGCCGCGAUUGAUAGGGCCACUACCUGCUUACUAUCGAAUCGCCAAGUUUGGGUAUUUACCAACUAUGGAUACAACCUUAUAAGAUUUCCCUUUCCUGAUGCGGUUCUUAACCGCAGCCUCAAUGCAAGUGUCUUUUCAACCAAGUUUGACGUAUCAAGAAGGGAUAUUCGAUACAUAGCAGCCGGUGGCGAGACAAUUGCGGCAGUUACAGCUCGUGGAGAUCUCUUCACCAUGCAGGUGAGCAACAAGGGAGAUGCUGGAGCCCCCUUUGGCUCCACGACCAACCCAGUCAAGAUUAAGAGUGCGGUUUCGCAGCCACAGUGCAUUUGGGACUCAGGAAAAGAUGGUGUCACAUCAGUCAGCGUUGGAGAGCAUGGAUCUGUCAUCAUCUGCACAGCAUCUGGCGCUGUCUGGAGGAGAAUAAAACGUCUCAAGGGAAAGAUUGAAUCCCUUGUCGAUUCUGGUGAUGCCAGGAGAAAAGAUUUCAAGUUCCAGCGAGUCCCCUACAUCACGGAUUGCGUGGCUGUGCGCAGCUCGACUUUUGGGGCGUUUGCUGCCAUCCGAAAGGAUAGCAAAGUCAUGGCUCAGGAAAUCCACAUUGCCGAACAGAAUCUCUGGAACGAUAUGGGCUCACUCCUUUGCUUGAAAGACUUUUAUGCUCCUGAAAGCAGUUCCGAGAGUGAUUCCUCGCGAAAGGCCUGGAACACUUCUAUCAUCAGAGAAGGUCCCGGUACUGUGGCCCAUCGGAUUCUAAGCUCCUCUGAUAUCGAAACGGACAUGCUUCACUGGAUUCAAGCCAACUCGUUCUUAUACGAUACCGACCUAGAGAUUCGCACAAAUGCAGCGCCUGAUAUCAGGAUACCGGUGCACGGCUGGCUUCUCUCUGGAAGAAGCUCCAUCCUUCGCACGGCUUUGUCUGACUUCCGGCUUGAUGGAUUCCACACUCAAUCAGACGCAUUUGUAAUAGAAGCUGUCGAUGAUAAGAUGGUGCUGACUCUGCUCCAUGUUGACGUAUUCACAAUGCUGAAUGUUGUGGUAUAUGCAUACCAAGACAAUAUCGUUCCCGUGUGGAAGUACACACGCGAAGCCCCGGCUCUGGCCCAUCGCUUCCGCCAAGUACGAACGGAUCUAAUGAAAGUCGCUACAAAGCUCAACAUGCCGAAAUUAGAGGCCGCUGCUCGGCUGCAGGCAGGCCUGGAACGAACGCUUGAUGCUGAUUUGCAAGAAGCAAUAACCGACCCCGUAUUUUUCGAGGAUGGCGAUGUAAUAUUGGAGCUGGACGGGGACGAAGUGACGGUCCACAGCCAUCUCUUGUGCCAGCGCUGCCCGUUUUUCGACGGAAUGUUCAAUGGUAGAUCACAGGGGCAAUGGCUUGCUGGUCGCCGUGACGCAACGCAUCAAGUCGAACCAGUUCGAAUUGACCUGAAGCACAUUCAUCCGGAGACCUUUUCUUAUGUGCUCAACUUUUUAUAUGGGGAUGUUGGCGAAGAAAUAUUUGAUGACGUGACGGCUACAUCUAUUGACGAAUUCUCGGAACUCGUCUUAGACGUCCUCAGCGUGGCCAACGAGCUCAUGAUCGACCGGCUGUCACAAAUAUGCCAAUCCUUGAUUGGCAAGUUUGUAACAAAUCGCAAUAUUUCGAACCUUCUGAAUGAAAUCAGUACCUGCUCAGUCGCAGAGUUCAAGAAUACCGGACUGGAGUACAUCUGCCUGCAGCUAGAAUCCAUGCUUGAGAACCAUUUUCUGGAUUCCCUUGAUGAAGAGCUUUUGUACGAACUGGAUGGUAAGGUCCGGGACAACCAACUCGCAUGCUUCCCAAUCGCAAAGAGCGGUCGAGCAGAGUUGCUACUUCACGAGAAGUAUCCUGACCUAGUGGCGGAUAUUGAAGAAGAAAGGAGACGCCGUGUCAAAGAGAUGGCUUUUAAGCACGCUCAGAGAGAGGAAGAGAGGAGAUUAUCCUCUGCAUACAAGCCACGCUUUGGAAGCCUGGACGAUCCUGUCCGAGGGUUAGAGACCCCAGAGAAACAGGCCAGACAGUCUAGGAGGAGCCGAAACGAGCCAUUCAGCCCGACUUUGCGACCCAAAGAUUCCCAUGCCGAUAUGAUUUUUGACAUGGACGAUGAAGGGCCCUCGGGAGGAAGCAGCCUCAUAUCUCCGCAGCUAUCGCCGCCUCUGACCCGGACCGAGAUUGAUGUUGGAUCAAUGCCAAAGCACUCAAUGGAAUGGAAGAGCUCAAAAGGCAAGGACAAAGAAGAGAUAGCUCAGUCACCUGUUCCAAGUCUCCCUUCUCACCGGCAGCCGAUUAUCGACUCGGUAACGCCUGCUUCCAAACAAGUGAAGCAUGAUGUAGAAUCCCCUCACUCGGCUGCCAACCCUCCGUGGGCUUCUGCGGCGCUAUCUACUGCUAAACUAGACCUGAAGGACAUCAUGUCUGAGGCUUCCGGGAAGUCGGCGCUGACGGCUGCUUUAUCUGCACAGAUGACGAAGGACUCGGCUUCUAAGCCGCUUUCUAAAAUGUCACAGAAAGAACGGAAGAAGCAGAUGCAGAUGCAGCUAGAAUCACAGGCCGCAGCGCAAGAAGAGCAGGCCAAAGCGAUACCGUGGGAAGUAGCAUCGUCUAAGAAAGCUCAACCGCCCUGGAAAGCAGCCCCCAUUCCAAAGACUUCACUGCAGCAAGCUAUGGCAUCCGACGUUGCACAGCGAAAUGCUAUAUCUACCAAUGCUAAACCCCUGGUCACAUCCGAGUCUAACCCUCAAUCCACGCAGAGACGGACAGCUUCCCCGGAUACUCGAUUCCCCGGGCAAGGGCGUCCUGGCAACCUACAGGCGACACCCCAAACAGGCCCAGGAGUGGAAAAGCAACAAAAGAAACCGCUGAUACCCCACUCGAAAUCUUACAUCAAGCCGGCACAAAAGACGGAGCCGACGUUGGGAUUGAGCAUGGCAGAUAUCAUCGGGCAGCAACAGAGAGAGCAGCAGUUGAUCAAGGAGGCAGUGGCAAAGCGAUCACUUCAAGAGAUUCAACAAGAACAGGCCUUUCAAGAGUGGUGGGACCAGGAGAGCCGUCGUGCACAGGAAGAGGAGGCUAGACGGCACAGUCGAGCAAAGGGCAAGGAGGAGCAGGGAGGAGGAAGACGUGGCCGCCGGGGGAGGGGGGGAAAGGCUCGAGGCAAUGAGCCGUCGAAUCAUCAGCAGCCAGGCGUUGAAGGCUCAAACACGAGUACAAAGGAGGUACCCAAAACAGGCGGUAAUGCAUCUCGGGGUCGAGGCAGAGGGAAGGCCAACAAAGGUGGGAUCUCCUUGUACUCGGGUGCGAAUUUGUAA